AUGAAACCAGAAAUUGAACAAGAAUUAUCUCAUACUUUAUUGACAGAGCUUUUAGCUUAUCAAUUUGCUUCACCAGUUAGAUGGAUUGAAACUCAAGAUGUAUUUUUAAAACAACAUAAUACUGAAAGAGUUAUUGAAAUUGGACCAUCUCCAACUUUAGCAGGUAUGGCUUCAAGAACAAUUAAGGCUAAAUAUCAAUCAUAUGAUGCAGCAUUAUCAUUACAACGUCAAGUUUUAUGUUAUUCAAAAGAUGCUAAAGAGAUUUAUUAUACUCCAGAUCCAGAAGAACCAAAAGUUGAACAACCAAAAGAAGAUAAGGUCAAAGAAUCAGCCCCAGUACAAGCAGUAGAACAAAAAGCAGCUGUAUCAGCAGCUCCUCAAUCUACAGUAGCAGCAGCUUCAAUUCCAGAUGAACCCGUUUCGGCUUCAUUAUUAAUUCAUGUUUUAGUUGCACAAAAAUUGAAAAAACCUUUGGAAGCUGUUCCAAUGUCAAAAGCUAUUAAAGAUCUUGUUAAUGGUAAAUCGACUGUUCAAAAUGAAAUAUUAGGAGAUUUAGGUAAAGAAUUUGGAUCAACACCCGAAAAGCCAGAAGAAACUCCAUUGACUGAAUUAGCAGAACAAUUUCAAGGUACUUUUUCAGGAUCAUUAGGUAAAACUUCAACAUCUUUAAUUGGUAGAUUAAUGUCUUCUAAAAUGCCAGGAGGAUUUUCAAUAACAAUUGCAAGAAAAUAUUUGGAAUCAAGAUAUGGUUUUGGACCAGGUAGACAAGAUUCAGUAUUAUUAACUGCUUUGUGUAAUGAACCGGCAACAAGAUUAGGUUCAGAAGCUGAUGCAAAGACAUUUUUGGAUGAUAUUGCUGGUAAAUAUGCAACUCAUGCAGGUAUUUCAUUAUCAUCACCAACUUCAUCAAGUUCAUCUCAAAAUUCAGCUGUUGUUGAUUCUGCAGCUUUAGACGCAUUAACAGCAGAAAAUAAAAAAUUAGCAAAACAACAAUUAGAAACUUUAGCAAGAUAUCUUCAAGUAGAUUUAAAUAAAGGAGAGAAAUCAUUUAUUAAAGAAAAAGAAGCAACUUCAGUUUUACAACAAGAAUUAGAUUUAUGGGAAGCAGAACAUGGUGAAUUUUAUGCCAAAGGUAUUAAACCAGCUUUUUCACCAUUGAAAUCUAGAACUUAUGAUUCAUAUUGGAAUUGGGCAAGACAAGAUGUUUUAUCAAUGUGGUAUGAUAUUAUUUUUGGUAAAUUGACUUCAGUUGAUAGAGAAACUAUUAAUCAAUGUAUUCAAAUUAUGAAUAGAUCAAAUCCAACGUUAAUUAAAUUCAUGCAGUAUCAUAUUGAUUUGUGUCCUGAAUAUCGAGGUGAAACUUAUAGGUUAGCCAAGAGAUUAGGUGAACAAUUGAUGGAUAAUUGUAAACAAGUCAUCGAUCAAGAUCCAGUUUAUAAAGAUGUUACAAGAAUUACAGGUCCAAAAACUACUGUUGGUGCUAAAGGUGAUAUUGUUUAUGAAGAAGUUAAUAAAGAUUCAGUUAGAAAAUUUGAACAAUAUGUUUACGAAAUGGCUCAAGGUGGUUCAAUGACUAAGAUUAAACAACCAACUAUUCAAGAAGAUUUAGCUAGAGUUUAUAAAGCUAUAACAAAGCAAGCUUCAAGAGAUAGUAAAUUAGAAUUACAAAAAGUUUAUGAACAAUUAUUGAAAGUUGUUGAUAAAUCUAAGGAAAUAGAGGUUUUACAUAGUACAAAAGAUGCAUUAGCUAUCCCUACUGGAACUAAUACACCAGAAGAUGAAUUAUCCACUGCUUCUGAUGAUGAUGAGAUUGCUUCUUUACCUGAUAAGACUUCAAUUAUUCAACCUGUAUCUUCAACUGUUCCUCCACAAACAAUUCCAUUUUUACAUAUACAAAGCAAGAAUUCUGGUCAAUGGGAAUAUGAUCGUAAAUUAUCUUCAAUUUAUCUCGAUGGUUUGGAAUCAGCAGCUAUUAAUGGUUUAACUUUCAAAGAUAAAUAUGUUUUACUUACAGGAGCUGGUGCUGGCUCUAUUGGUGCUGAAAUUUUACAAGGUUUAAUAAGUGGUGGUGCUAAAGUAGUAGUUACUACAUCACGUUUUUCCAAAAAAGUCACUGAGUAUUAUCAAAAUAUGUAUGCUAGAUAUGGAGCUGCUGGUUCUACAUUGGUGGUUACUCCAUUUAAUCAAGGAUCCAAACAAGAUGUUGAUGCUUUAGUUAAUUAUAUUUAUGAUAAAAAAUCAGGUUUAGGUUGGGAUUUAGAUGUUAUUAUUCCAUUUGCAGCUAUUCCAGAAAAUGGUAAUGGUAUUGAUAAUAUUGAUUCAAAAUCAGAAUUUGCUCAUAGAAUUAUGUUAACCAACUUAUUAAGAUUAUUAGGUGCUGUCAAAUCUAAAAAGAAUACAGAUACAAGACCAGCUCAAUGUAUUUUACCUUUAUCACCUAAUCAUGGAACAUUUGGAUUUGAUGGAUUAUAUUCAGAAUCAAAAAUAUCUUUAGAAACUUUAUUUAAUAGAUGGUAUUCAGAAGACUGGGGAACUAAAUUAACUAUUUGUGGUGCAAUAAUUGGAUGGACUAGAGGUACUGGUUUAAUGAGUGCCAAUAAUAUUAUUGCUGAAGGUAUUGAAAAAUUAGGUGUAAGAACUUUUUCACAAAAAGAAAUGGCUUUCAAUAUUUUAGGUUUAUUAACUCCCGAUAUUAUUAAAUUAUGUCAAGAGAAUCCAAUCAUGGCUGAUUUGAAUGGUGGUUUACAAUUUAUUGAUAAUCUUAAAGAAUUCACUUCAAAAUUAAGAAAUGAUUUAACUGAAAAUGCUGAUAUUAGAAGAGCUGUCUCUAUUGAAACUGCAAUUGAACAAAAAGUUAUUAAUGGUGAUAAUGUUGAUGCUAAUUAUUCUAAAGUUACAGUUCAACCAAGAGCUAAUAUGAAAUUUGAUUUCCCAACUUUGAAAUCAUAUGAACAAAUUAAAGAAAUUGCUCCUGAUUUAGAAGGUAUGUUAGAUUUAGAAAAUGUUGUUGUUGUUACUGGUUUUGCGGAAGUUGGACCAUGGGGUAAUUCAAGAACAAGAUGGGAGAUGGAAUCUAAAGGUGAAUUCUCAUUAGAGGGAGCUAUUGAAAUGGCAUGGAUCAUGGGUUUGAUUAAAUACCAUAAUGGUUUAUUAAAAGGUCAACCAUAUAGUGGAUGGAUUGAUGCUAAAACUCAAGCUCCUGUUGAUGAUAAAGAUAUUAAAGAAAAAUAUGAAGAAGAAAUAUUAGAACAUUCAGGAAUUAGAUUGAUUGAACCAGAAUUAUUCCAUGGAUACGAUCCAAAGAAAAAACAAAUGAUUCAAGAAGUUGUUAUUCAACAUGAUUUGGAACCUUUUGAAUGUUCAAAAGAAACUGCAGAUCAAUAUAAACAUGAGCAUGGUGAUAAAUGUGAAGUAUUUGAAAUUGAAGAAAGUGGUGAAUAUAGUGUAAGAAUUUUGAAGGGAGCAACUUUAUUUGUUCCAAAAGCUUUGAGAUUUGAUAGGUUAGUUGCUGGUCAAAUUCCUACUGGAUGGGAUGCUAGAACUUAUGGUAUUCCAGAAGAUACUAUUAAUCAAGUCGAUCCAAUUACUUUAUAUGUUCUUGUUGCUACAGUGGAAGCUUUAUUAUCAGCAGGUAUAACCGAUCCAUAUGAAUUUUAUAAAUAUGUACAUGUAUCAGAAGUUGGUAAUUGUUCAGGUUCAGGUAUGGGUGGUGUUAGUGCACUUAGAGGUAUGUUCAAAGAUAGAUAUGCAGAUAAACCAGUUCAAAACGAUAUUUUACAAGAAUCAUUCAUCAAUACUAUGGCUGCUUGGGUAAAUAUGUUAUUAUUAUCUUCAUCUGGUCCAAUAAAAACACCCGUUGGAGCUUGUGCUACUGCAGUUGAAUCAGUUGAUAUUGGUAUUGAAACUAUUUUAUCGGGUAAAGCUAAAGUUGUCAUGGUAGGAGGUUAUGAUGAUUUCCAAGAAGAAGGAUCUUAUGAAUUCGCUAAUAUGAAUGCAACUUCAAAUGCUGAAGAUGAAUUUAAACAUGGUAGAACACCAAAAGAAAUGUCAAGACCAACUACAACAACUAGGAAUGGGUUUAUGGAAGCACAAGGUUCUGGUAUUCAAGUUAUUAUGACUGCUGAUUUAGCAUUAAAAAUGGGAGUUCCAAUUCAUGCUGUUUUAGCAAUGACUGCAACAGCAACUGAUAAGAUUGGUAGGUCAGUUCCAGCUCCAGGUAAAGGUAUUUUAACCACUGCUAAAGAACAUCAUGGUGAAUUGAAAUAUCCAUCACCAUUAUUAAACAUUAAAUAUAGAAAAAGACAAUUAUCAAAAAGAUUAGAUCAAAUUAAAAUGUGGGAAGAAUCUGAAUUAAAUAAUUUACAAGAUGAAGCAGAAUUAGCUAAAGAUGAAUUUGGAUCAAACUUUAUUAUGGAAGAAUUCAUUAAAGAAAGAGCUGAAGAAAUAUAUAGAGAAUCUAAAAGACAAGUUUCAGAUGCUAAAAAACAAUGGGGUAAUUCAUUUUAUAAAUCUGAUCCUAGAAUUGCACCAUUGAGAGGUUCAUUAGCUACUUUUAACUUAACUAUUGACGAUAUUGAUGUUGCUUCAUUCCAUGGUACUUCAACUGUUGCAAAUGACAAAAACGAAUCUGCCACUAUUAAUAGUAUGAUGAAACAUUUGGGUAGAUCUGAAGGUAAUCCAGUAUUUGGUGUUUUCCAAAAGUAUCUUACUGGUCAUCCAAAAGGUGCUGCAGGUGCUUGGAUGUUGAAUGGUGCUAUUCAAAUAUUAGAAUCGGGUAUUGUUCCAGGUAAUAGAAAUGCUGAUAAUGUUGAUAAAGUAUUAGAACAAUAUGAAUAUGUUUUAUAUCCAUCAAGAUCCAUUCAAACCGAUGGUAUUAAAGCGGUAUCCAUUACAUCGUUUGGGUUUGGACAAAAAGGUGCUCAAGCGGUUGUUGUUCAUCCUGAUUAUUUGUAUGCUGUAUUGGAUAGAUCAACUUAUGAAGAUUAUGCCUCAAGAGUUGCAGCAAGAAAUAGAAAAACUUAUAGAUAUAUGCAUAAUGCUAUCACAAGAAAUACAAUGUUUGUUGCAAAAGAUAAAGCUCCUUAUGGUGAUGAGUUAGAACAACCUGUUUAUUUAGAUCCAUUAGCAAGAGUUGAAAAAACUAAAUCAGAAUUGAAAUUUUCAUCAAAAGGUAUUCAAUCAAAUAAAUCUUACAUUAGUGAAAUCUCAAACAAAACUGCAAAAGCUUUAUCGACUUUAAAUAAAACAUCAAAAGGAGUUGGUGUUGAUGUUGAAUUAUUAUCCGAAUUAAAUUUAAAUAAUGAAACAUUUGUAUCAAGAAAUUUCACUUCAGGGGAAAUUGAAUAUUGCAAUAAAUCAUCAAAUCCUCAAGCUUCAUUUACUGGAACAUGGUCUGCUAAAGAAGCUACAUUUAAAGCUUUAGGAGUCAAAUCUCAAGGUGGUGGUGCUAGUUUAAUUGAUAUUGAAAUUGUUAGAGAUGAUAAUAAUGCUCCAAAAGUGAGACUUACAGGAGCAGCUGCUAUAGCCGCUAAGGAAGCUGGUGUUAAAUGUGUCAAUGUUUCAAUAUCUCAUGAUGAUUUUCAAGCUACUGCUGUUGCUUUAAGUGAGUUUUAG